AUGGAUGGUUCAUACUGCCACAGUCUUGAAGCAUUUGGUCCCAAUACCGACUUGGAUGGUUUAUACUGGCACAGUCUUGAAGCAUUUGGUCUCAAUAGAGACAUGGAUGGUUUAUACUGCCACAGUCUUGAAGCAUUUGAUCUCAAUACAAACUUGGAUGGUUUAUACUGGCACAGUCUUGAAGCAUUUGGUCUCAAUAGAGACUUGGAUGGUUUAUACUGGCACAGUCUUGAAGCAUUUGGUCUCAGUAUAGACAUGGGUGGUUUAUACUGCCACAGUCUUGAAGCAUUUGGUCUCAAUACAGACUUGGAUGGUUUAUACUGGCACAGUCUUGAAGCAUUUGGUCUCAAUAGAGACAUGGAUGGUUUAUACUGCCACAGUCUUGAAGCAUUUGAUCUCAAUAUAGACCUGGGUGGUUCAUAUUGCCACAGUCUUGAAGCAUUUGGUCUCAAUAGAGACUUGGAUGGUUUAUACUGGCACAGUCUUGAAGCAUUUGGUCUCAAUAGAGACAUGGAUGGUUUAUACUGCCACAGUCUUGAAGCAUUUGGUCUCAAUACAGACUUGGAUGGUUUAUUCUGGCACAGUCUUGAAGCAUUUGGUCUCAAUAGAGACAUGGAUGGUUUAUACUGCCACAGUCUUCAAGCAUUUGGUCUCAAUACAGACUUGGAUGGUUUAUACUGGCACAGUCUUGAAGCAUUUGGUCUCAAUACAGACUUGGAUGGUUUACACUGGCACAGUCUUGAAGCAUUUGGUCUCAAUACAAACUUGGAUGGUUUAUACUAG